AUGACCUAUUCUGUGAGUGACCCUGGAGAGAACCAGACCAUCUCUGAUGUGUUCAUCCUGGUGGGGUUUUCGUACCUUAACGAGCUGCAAAUCGUUCUGUUUCUGUUGCUUCUGGUCAUCUACCUGGUCACCCUGAUAGGGAACCUGCUUGUUAUCUUCCUUAUAAAGUUAAACCCAUCUCUCCACACCCCCAUGUAUUUCUUCCUGGUGAACCUGUCAUUCUUGGAAAUCUGCUACACCAGUAGUGUGGUCCCUCAGCUGCUGGUUCACCUCCUGGUGGAGGAAAAGACCAUCACCAUUGUGGGCUGCGCUACCCAGAUGUACGUCUUCACUAUCCUGGGCCUCACAGAAUGCUGCCUCCUAGCAGCCAUGGCGUAUGAUCGCUACAUAGCCAUAUGCAACCCCUUGCACUACAGAACCAUCAUGAGUGGCCGGGUGUGCGCACAGCUCGCAGGUGCUUCAUGGACCAUUGGCAUCUCAGUGGAAGUAGCUCAGACCACGUGGAUCUUCCGCUUGCCCUUUUGUGGCUCCAACCGCAUCCACCACUUCUUCUGCGACAUCCCACCAGUGGUGAAGAUGGCAUGCACGGACACAUCCAAAAAUGAGAUUAUGGUUUUCACUGUGUCGGUGCUGUUCAUCAUGAGCCCUUUUUUGUUGAUAAUCCUGUCCUACAUCUGCAUUAUUUCCUCCAUCCUUAAACUCCAGUCAGCGGAGGGAAGGCGUAAAGCCUUCUCCACCUGCUCCUCCCACCUCAUGGUGGUGACUUUGUUCUAUGGAACAGCUCUUAUCACCUACCUCAGGCCAAAAUCUAGCUCCACCCCAGAUAGUGAUCUAAUUAUUUCCCUCAUGAACACAAUUGUGGCCCCUGUCUUGAACCCCAUAAUAUACACUCUGAGGAACAAAGAGGUGAAGGGAGCCUUUAGAAAAACAGUAGAGAAGAGCAUGUCUUCACACAACCAGAGAAAUUAG